GGAUAGUAUUCAUAUUCCCCCUCUAACUUCCAAAGAAAUUGUCUCGUAUUGUUGCUGGGUCGAUACCGAACGGUAGAGCUUUAUUCGGGACACUAGAUGGUUUCACGCCAUCGACUAGGUCUUUCAGUUGGGACGGUCUUGACAAUGACUAACAGUAUCACGGCCAGUGACUGAGGGGAGCGUAGUCGAGGGCCAGAUGAGCACAAUAUAGACUUCGUUAUGUGCUUCUCUGCGAGGAGCGUCUCUUUCUUGCGUACGAGAAGCCAAUGUGAGAACCAGGGCUAUGAGAGCGUCUACAGCGUGUCUAUCACCUACCAACCCGGGCGCGAUGAAAUGGCAAGCAACAGCCGCCAUGGCGUGGGUAUAUCUUCAAAUGAGGCCGGUGGUGAGCACAUUGUACAGCACGCACAUGGGUCCGCUUGCGUAUUUGCGGAGGUUAGUCUUGAUUGAAGCUGCGACAGUCGCACCGCCCAAUACAGCUACAGGAAGGGGAGUAGGCUGUUGCGAACACCUAGGAGCGAGAGGAAAGCCAGACUUUGUUUCCGAGUGCGCGUUACCUGGCACAAUCAUAUGCCUAAAGCUUGCAGGUCUUCGAUUGCCCGAAAGAAUAUACGCAUCUACGCAUUAUCUGGCAGGGGUCCAUGAUCGGCAUCCAUCGCAACAAACCUAGCGCAGGGUCGCAAUGUAACUAACUCAUCGGGAAUGGGCGCCGUUUCUUUUAUCACGCCAUGAAGCAUGUCUAAAUCGGUGGUGUGCUUGGAGCGGCUUUUGUGAAUUAUACUAGUGUAGUUAUUCACAUCCUUUGACUUCUGUCGAGUAUCUGUCCCAUCAGCG